AUGUUGCCUUCUAAGCCAGGCAAGACCGCUCCACGCUUGCUCGAAGACCUGUACAAUUAUGAUCCUCGGCAGCGCAUACGUUGUGGGCGCAACAUCCUCACAGACCCCCCGCCGCACUUCGAUGAAUCCAAACCGCCUAUGGCCGCCGUGCCCGGCGGCAGCUGUCGCCACAACCUUACGUUGAAGCCGGAUCACUUGGAGGAUGACUACAUUAAGGAGAGCUAUCGCUUCCAAUGCUCGGCCCCGCUGUGCGGAGCGGUGAUUACGGUAGAGGUUGCCCCGCCACGCCUCUCGCAAGAGGACAUGGCUCUUUUGUCAGACAAGAGAGUGUUGGAAGAGCGUCUCAAGUCUGCCAAGAAAAUAGAUCCCGAACGAACCGAACUCCAAGCCGCCAAGCCCAUCGACGGUCUUUACAUUCUGCAUGCGUACAUUCGGGACGCGCUAGCUGGCAAGUCGUCGCGCAUACCUUUGCGGAACAGGAAGUUCUUGGUGACAUAUGGGGAGGACUGUGACGCGCUAUUCUUGCGGCUGGGAUUUUCCAAGCGAUCUGCACAGGCUGAGGAAGAGGUCGCGUGGUUCCUUCCUUCCCCUCCCCAGGAUUGGGAUCGCCUGCAGGGUGAUUGCCUAAGAGAUCGUCUAGACGACUCGAUGCAGGAACUCAUGUGCCUGAUUGAUCGCAUGCCACAUUCCGCGAAGCAAGAGUUGAAGAGGUACAGCUACCAACCACUGUCUGCACGUGAAACCUUGGAGAGGGUUUUUGGUGCCUACAAUUAUCCCAAGAGGCCUGGCUACACUGCAAGCACACAGACACAAGGCGUUGAAGACCACCCUUACUACGCCGGUCUGGGCGCUCUUGGGGCCUUUUCCGACAGCCUAUUGGCGUUCGCAUACGAUCGACAAGUCGCAUCUGAUCCGCAGAACAUUGCCUAUUACUACGAGUGUCUCGCGGACCUUGCGGAGGGGCGACGAAGCGACGAGCUCAACAUGAAGAAGGCCAUAGAGGCAUCCAAGGACAUCGUUAGUCGAAAAGAGGCGAUGCAGUCCCUUCGCCGCUUCAAUCUCGAGCCCGAACGGUUUGCCACAUAUACCGAUGAGUAUAUCAUCAAUCAGUUUCGUGUGCGCGUCCCCAAUGUUGGGCUCGCAGAAGUGCAAGAUUUGCGCGGACACCUUUGGAAAAUCGGCGCGUACAGGCAAAGCCAAACAAUUAUGGAUGCCGCUGGCGACAUCAUCCAAACAUACGAACAAGCUUUGUCAUGGUUGGGAGCAGAAGCCGGCCACGGUGAUGAUCAAAUCAUCGCCGUGGCAGGAUUAAAGAAAUCUGAGGAGCCGUCCAGCGAGCCGAAGAUUGCCGAAGCUAUCAAGAUUAUCGCGGACCACCGUGACAGCGAGGGUCUCAGGGUUUGGCUACAGACAGGCGAGAUCAAAAUGGGAAACGACCCGGAACUGGAGAAGACUAAGGCUUUCAGUGCUUUCGGGCUCAGCAACCAUCAAGGCGCCGUUGAUCCUGAAAUGCUCGAGCUGACGCUGAGCGACCUUAAGGAACGCGAUCCGUCAAAGAGUGAUGAGUAUGAUCGCUACGCGGCUAUCAUCAGGGCUGAAAGCGGCAAAGGACCGGCACCCCCUCCGCCGCCGAGGUACCCGCUGGAUCAAUGGCCGGUUGGUAUCGAGAACCUUGGCAACACCUGCUACUUGAAUGCCAUCCUACAAUUUCUCUUCACGAUUAAGCCGUUGAGAGAGUACGUCCUUAAUAUAGAUGAGCACCUUAUGGAAGUCAACGAGGAGAACAUCCGUAAGAAACGGGUUGGAAGCAGAAUGGUCACUGCAGACGAAGUCAAGCGGUCUCAGCAAUUUGUCAAGGAGUUAAAGGAACUGUUCGAGCAAUUGAUUACGGCCCCUACAGCAACCAUUCGACCCAAAGUAGAACUAGUCCAGCGAGCUCUGGAGUAUGCAGCUCCUACUGAAGAACCGAGUCCGUCCGGGACCGACACGACAGGGCCGAAGACUGAGAGCGAUGACAAGAACGACGUCGAGAUGGCGGACAGUGCCGUAAACGGCGAUGCCUUGGCAAGCUCUCAAACUGAAGCUGGAGACAGUGAUGCCACGCUUGUUGGAGACAGAGAUUCUGAGACUCUACCGGAUGCCGAGGCAACCAAGGUGGAGAAGGAUAUUCCAGUCGAAGACACGACGGAGAAGCCGCCACAACCCGAGCAUCCACCACCGGUUCCUCCUCGGAAUAAACCGACUAGCAUUCCUUACACAAUGCAGCAAGACGCUUCUGAAAUCCUCAUCAACAUUCUGCUUCAACUGAGCUAUGCCAUUCGUCCGGACCAAUUCAGGGAGGAUGGUGAACAGCUCGACUUUGUCAAAGAACUAUUCUACGGCGAAGAAGCCGCCUCGCUCAAGAGGAAAGGAAAGACAACAGAACAGAAGGCCCUCUUCAAUACUCAGUACGUCACAGUGGUCGACAAGCCCAAGAACAUUUACGAGGCCAUCGACGACACGCUCGAUAAGGGAGCGAUAGAAGAUUCAGACGAUGCCGAAAAGUGGACCACGAUUCUUCGAGCACCUCCCAUCUUGAAAGUUGAUGUAAAGAGAUUGGGGUUCGACAAGGUGAAAAAGCAGACGAUCCGUUCUGAGAACCAUCUGCAACUGGAGGAGACCAUAUACAUCGACCGAUAUCUUCGUGACGAAGCCACCUUGCAAAGAAGGAAACAGUCGUGGGAAAAGAAGGCCAAGUUGAAGUCUCUCCGUGAGCGCAAGGCUGAGCUUGUUGCAACCAAGGUCGAGGUGUCGUUAUCAGAGGCGGUUCGAGCUGCAUCAGAUUUCAUCAGUGCAGUUGAAGCUGAUGAGCAGGACCCGACUAACGAACAGCAAACAAAUGGCGUCUUCGGAGACGAUAUGGCAGCAAAGGCCGAAGAGACGCGAAAAGAGAUCAGCAACUUGGAUGAAAGCAUUGCAACUCUUGAGGCGGAGAUAUCUUCGCUUUUCGCAGACAUGAAUUCGGUGCCGUACAAACUGCAUUCCUUGUUCAUCCACCGUGGUGGUACCGGAGGCGGUCACUACCUCGUAUCGAUCAAAGACUUCAAGAACGGAAUAUGGCGCAACUACAAUGACGAAACCAUCACCGAAGUCACAGAUGUCGAGAAGAACAUCUUCGGCCAAGGCGACACGUAUUCCAAGAUCAUCACGACCUGUGUCGUCUACGUCAAAGCCGACCUCAAGUAUUGGGAUGGAGAUCUCGUGGAGGCACUUCAUCGCAGACCUAUCGAAAUUCCUGAGCAGUCUCCGCAGCAGCAACAGGAUAUUGAGAUGACGAGCUUCAGCAAUGAUGACUGGACAGAAGCAAAGCUCACGGAAGGAAUCGACCCAACGGAUGAUUCACAGAAGUUACCCGAGUACAGCCAGGAUGGGUAUGACACUUCGCAGCUGGACACGAAGCCUAGUGGGGGUCAAUGGUGA